CGUUGUUGGGGGAUUUUGGAGCGAAGCGCGCCGCUUUUACGCAGAGAGAGGCGAGAAUUUGCGGUGCCGGAGAUCUCCGGUUUCCCCAAACAAUAGUCGAGAGGACGCAAUGCUCGGCUCUCUCCCUUUUUUCUUUUUUUUUUGGAAACCACAGGGAAGUUUAGGACCCUCGUCGGUCCUAUUGUUGCCCUCGCAGAGCCACGUAGGUCUCCAUAGGGAUUUGUAAUAAUAAUGCGCGAGGAAGAGCCACGCGUUUUGAAUCCAAGCAGGGGAUCAGAAAGAUGCGCCUGCAGGGAAGAAGCAGCGCGUCCAGCUGGAUUGUAGGCCGGAAAGAUUUGAAUUUUCUUCCUUGUGGAGGACCGGUAGGAAUUUCAGUCGCACAACUCCUUAAUUUCGCCUUGAAUGCCGUCGGUCCUCGCUGUAAAUCUCAACUACCUCGGCUGUCCCCCGCUGCAGCUCUCCUACCCGCCGUCCUCUCCCAUCCCUCUUCCUCCUCUUCUCCUCCUGGGUGCGUCCUCCCCCCGCUCUCCCACCUCCCUUCUCCUGCGACAUCCUCAUCGGCCUCCAAGAUAGAUUCCCUCAGGAGCAAGGUUGACCUGCUCAAGCUGCCCCUGGCCCUCUCCAGCAAGUCCAUCUCCGAACGCAAGAGCCAGUUGGGAGGAGUCGGCGAGCAGCGCGGCAAGGGCGGAGGAGGAGGAGGCGGGGUGCUCAAAGCCCGCCCACCGCCGACCCGAGACAUGGACAACGACUCGCAGUACUCGGGCUACUCGUACAAGUCCUCCCACUCCCGGAGCUCCCGCAAGCACAGGGACCGGAGGGACCGCCAUCGGUCCAAGAGCCGAGACGGCAGCAGUCGGGGGGACAAAUCCGUUACCAUACAAACUCCCGGAGAGCCGCUUUUAGACGCAGAGUCGACCCGCGGAGACGACAGGGAUGAUAACUGGGGGGAGACCACCACCGUCGUCACUGGCACCUCUGAGCACAGCAUCUCAAACGAGGACCUGACGCGCGUCACCAAAGACUUGGAAGACUCGACUCCUCUGGAGUGCAAGCGCUUCGUGGGCCCGGCGCUCGGAGGCCUCCUGAGCUUCUUCGCCCUGAUCACACCGCUGGCCUUCCUCAUCCUCCCUCAGGUCCUGUGGCGCGAUGCGCUGGAGCCCUGCGGUACGCCCUGCGAAGGCCUCUACGUCUCCCUCGCCUUCAAGCUGCUGGUCCUGCUCAUCUCCUCCUGGGCGCUGUUCCUCCGCCCUCCGCGCGCCACGCUGCCGCGCUUUUUCAUCUUCCGCUGCCUGCUGAUGGUGCUGGUGUUCCUGUUUGUGGCGUCGUACUGGUUGUUCUACGGCGUCCGGGUGCUGGAGCCCAAGGAGCGGGACUACAGGGGCAUCGUGGAGUACGCUGCAUCCCUGGUGGACGCCCUGCUCUUCAUCCAGUACCUGGCCCUGGUGCUGCUGGAGGUCCGGCACCUGCAGCCCGCUUUCUGCCUCAAGGUGGUCCGCAGCACGGAUGGAGCCAGCAAGUUCUACAGCGUGGGCCACCUCAGCAUCCAGCGGGCAGCUGUCUGGGUGCUGGACCGUUACUACAACGACUUCCCCGUUUACAACCCUGCCCUGCUCAACCUGCCAAAGUCCAUCUUGUCCAAGAAGAUGACCGGUUUCAAGGUUUACUCCUUGGAUGAAAGCACGACCAACAACUCCACGGGCCAGUCGCGGGCCAUGAUAGCCGCCGCCGCCAGGAGGAGAGACAACUCCCACAACGAGUUCUACUACGAGGAGGCGGAGAUGGACCGCAGGGUCCGCAAACGCAAAGCCAGGUUGGUUGUGGCGGUUGAAGAGGCCUUCACACAUAUCAAGCGUCUGCACGAGGAGGAGGUGGCCUCAUCUCCCAAACAUCCCCGGGAGGUGAUGGACCCCCGGGAGGCAGCUCAAGCCAUCUUCGCCCCGAUGGCCCGGGCCAUGCAGAAGUACCUGCGGACCACACGCCAGCAGGCCUUCCACAGCAUGGAGAGCAUCCUCACACACCUGCAGUUCUGCAUCACACACAACAUGACGCCCAAGGCUUUCCUGGAGCGAUACCUCACGCCCGGCCCCACCAUGCAGUACCAGCAGCAGAAUGGCAGGGGGCGCCAGUGGACUCUGGUGAGCGAGGAGCCGGUGACCUCGGCCCUGCGCCAGGGCCUGGUCUUCUCCCUGAGACGCCCGGACUUCUCCCUGGUCGUCACGGUGACGCCUCUCCCCUUCCUCCGACUGGGCGAGGAGUUCAUUGACCCAAAGAGCCACAAGUUUGUCAUGAGGUUGCAGUCGGAGACCUCGGUGUGAAGGCGUCCAGCAGGUCUUGUCCUCCCCUUUCUCUCGCUCUGGCGGGACGUGGCGGGACGCUCUCAUCCGCGUCCACUCAAUCAAAGAAACCAUUUAAGGAGAGGAGCGUUCCUGGAGUUCCUGGAGUUCACAAAUGCUCUGGUCUCAACUGUGAUCAGUCAAAUGAAUGAUGGAAAUGAACAGAUGCCUUGAUCUUUUUCUCCCUUUCUCUUCGUGUCACUCUUACAGCACACUGUAAACAUUUUAUUUUUUGGUCCUAAAGGGGAUUUUUUUUCCCCUCGUCUUUUGCUGUAACCACUGAACAACUCAACACACGAACAGCAGAGGAGGAGGAUUGCAUCACCGCGGACACUUCCUCUCCCCGUGUUGAGAACGGACUCCAGCCGGUCUGCAUCACUGGCUCAUGAUUCUCUGUUGGCCUUGUUUUUCUCUGACAUGACGGAGGACAUGCUUUUGUAUUAGAGGGAGUGAUUUCUAUUUGUUUUUUUAACAUACAGAAUGUAGCAUUAUGUGCAGUGAGUUGAUGUCUUUUUUUAUGAUUAAGAAGAAUGGAUGUACAUUCCUAACUUGUUGCUACUCCACAUUGUUCACAGCCUUUUGUUUUUCUUUUUUUUCCACAAGUAGCAUCAGGUAAAGCAGGAAAACUAAACAUUGUCAAUUGGUAUUAACAUAAAAUAUGUUUUUUAAUUGGAUAAAGACAUGAAAACCUGAUCCUGGUGUCAUUUUCAAUUUUUCUUAUUGUCAACAAAUCCAAACUAAACCAUCAACUUUAAUCAUUUCGUGGUACCGUCAUCUUUUAGGUGAUGAUACUGAAACUAAUGAGUACACAUAGCAUGUAGCGGAUGCUGGUCGGGUCUGACAUCAAGUACGGGGUAGGGUGAUUAUUUCUGGUAGCAGGAUGUUGUAGGUGAGGUUGACCAGAAUAAACUGAAGUGUGUGAGAGUGUGUGUGUGGGUGCAUGCUGUAGCUUAAACCUUUCUUUUUUUCUUUUUGGGGGGUAAAAGAAGUUUAUAGACGAGAGCAAUAAGCUAAAGAGGCGUCGAGAGCAGAAACAACACUUGUCAGACGUCCAGUUACCUGUUAGUUUCGAGCUCUUCAAGGGGCUUGUUGACAAUAUGAAAGAUAAUUUCACCAGAUGUAUUUCGUUUGAAUGCAAAUGUGGUUUGCACUGAAUUUAAAACGAUGUUUUAUGUGUAAAGGUGCAACCUGGAUCUGAAACAUCUAGCAACAAAACAAAAAGACAUAACUGAGGAUGUGUGCAGCUUUAUCACCGAAUUCAAAAUACUUUUGCUCUCCAUCAAGUUUCAUGGCCUUCACAGAGCUUCACGACUCUCACCCCCCCUUCCGCUUCAGCUCUGCCGAUCCUGUACAUGCGUGAACCACAACCACCUUUUUUUUUUUUUAACUCUCCACUCCGCAAGUUCUCAUGUUUUUAUGGUCAGUGCCUGUAGGGACAGUUUCAGCAGUGAUGAAGGGAAAAAAGGUCAUUUUUAUCCAAGUUACUAAAUGCUGCUUUAGCAGACGUUGUUGCUCGGUGAGGAUGCUGAUGUUUUGACCUGAUUUUACUGGAAAAGUUGACAUCUUAACCCCAAAGCCACGAAAUUUUGAGUCAGGACACAGGAUUUUGAUGAUGAUGCUCAUUUGGAUUUGUGAAAUGGAGCCAUUUGAUCAACAAUUAUUUGACAGUUUUAACUUUCAGAUGAUACACCAGGAAGAAAGUAUGUACUGGAAGAACACCAUUUUUCUUUUUUUGUCUUUUCAUUCUCUUGACUUCCAUCACCCAGGUCAUAGUUCCUCAGACACUGGCGAGCAGGACGCUCUGCCUGGCUAGAGGCAAUAACGUACUCAGUCAGUGCUGUUUUUAGCUUUUCAAAUCCAUUAGUCGGUUCAGUAAGUUUUUUGGGGGUAUUUUUUUGGGCCCAUAAUGGAACAUUUGUUCCAAAAGAGUAAAUUCAAAUUUCUACCAUUCGUAACACAAUGCUGGGUUUAAAAUUAGGCCUGUUAUAAACGUUUAUCUGGUGUCCACGCAAAGGAAAUGGGUCCCGAAAAGGCAGCUGUACUUUAACUCUGAGCUGACAGUUUUAUGUUUGAUGCAUAUCUACAGACGUGUGAUUGUAACUCCUCCGUGCACCGUGAUCACCGCCUCGCCUUUACUCAGCCUUACUCUCGCCGCAGCAGCUCCUGAUGCUCGGCUGCUGCCGGGCCGCUCUCCCGCGUCUUAUCCCGCUACCUGCUGAGCCACACCUGUUUUUAGCAUGUCUGAUUUGUCCAAACACCAGGUCCAGAAUGUUUGACAUUUCAAGGAAUGAUCACAAAGCAGAUGCUUUUUUAAAAAAAAAACUAAAUGCAUGCAUGGAACUAUUUUGAGCUCCAAUUUUUUUUUAAGAGGUUUUUUAUCAUUUCAAGGUGCCUAAGUUAUGAUGAUGCAAUUUUCUGAAUGUUUUUACUUAAAAACACAUGUGGUUUGUAAAAAGAAAUUGUAGAUUUGUGUUGUUCUUCUUUUUGGUAACUGUAGCUUGUAUAGUGUGUUAGGUAUUUUUCCAUUAUUAAACCAUAUAUUCCUUAUAA